AUGAACGUCUUCGACGACUCGCCGUUGGAUCAGGAGAGCUCGACCAAGCGCGAGGUGCUCACGUCGCUGGGCGUCUGCGUCGCGGGUUUACUAUUAUCGUUCUUGGUGUGGGGCGUGCUCCAGGAGCGCAUGCUCACGAAGCCCUACAACGGCGACUACUUCACGUCGUCGUACGGCCUCGUCUUCCUCAACCGGCUCGGCGGCUUCCUCAUCUCGGGCGCGAUGCUCUACGUCUUCGCGCCGGCGUCGUCGAACGCCGUCGCCUACCGCUUCGCCUUCCCGUCCGUGUCGAACAUGCUCUCCAGCUGGUGCCAGUACGAGGCGCUCAAGUACGUGUCGUUCCCGACGCAGAUGCUCUUCAAGUGCUUCAAGCUCUUUCCGAUCAUGGUCAUGGGCAAGGUGCUGGGCAACAAGGUCUACCCGACCUACGACUACGUCGUGGCCCUCGUCAUCGGCGUGGGCAUCGCCGUCUUCUCCGUGUCGACGGAGGAGUUGGAUAUCGGCCAGGACUCCAUCGGCGAGAUCGAGACCGUCGGCGGCACGAUCUGCGGCGUCAUCCUCCUCCUCUUCUUCCUCCUCUUCGACAGCUUCACGGGCCAGUACCAGGCGCGCCUCUUCAACGAGCACCCGGACCUGAGCCCCUACCAGAUGAUGUUCAUGGUCAACACGUUCUCCAUGGUCUUCUCCUUCGUGACGCUCGUGCACACGCACGAGCUCUACGCGCUCUGCGAGUUCGUCUACGACCACGCGGACAUGCACAUCCACCUCAUCGUCUUCUCGUUGGCGUCGACCGUGGGCCAGCUCUUCAUCUUCAAGACCAUCAAGGCCUUCGGGCCCGUGAUCUUCGCGAUCUGCAUGAACACGCGCAUCAUCCUCUCCAUCCUGCUCUCCGCGCUGAUCUACGGCCACGACAUCACGCCCCCGGGCAUGGUGGGCCUCCUCCUCGUCUUCUCCGCCAUCGCCUACCGCAUCAAGCGCAAGACCGACGCCGACGGCAAGCCCCUCAUCAAGUGGGCCGGCAUGAACGACGACAAGUCCAUGGACGUGUUCCACGAGUGGCACGAGCACUGCGACAUGUGA